AUAAUGCAUGUAUAAUGCAAUGACACAAAUCGUGAUACAUGCGCCAUAAGUAACAUAAUAACGUAUAAUAUAAAUAUUCCGCAAUUCGCAAAUAUAACUCUUUAAUAUCGCAUAAUCCAAUCGCGAAUAAUAUAAGCAACGUUUAUCGCUUUGUUGUUACGUAUUAUGUACGAUUGAUGUGAGAAACAUAUAAAUACAAACGAGCGAAGCAGAAAAGGCAUUUAUGAUAUGAAAGAACAUUUCGCUAUACAAUUAUAGUAUGUAUAGCAAACUUAAAGAUCACUUUAGGAGUUGAUGUACAUAGAUUCAUUGAAGGGUUCGCCGUUGAAAGGCGAGAGAUAAAAGGAAGCCGAAGGAAAUGAGAAUUAUCAUCACAUUUGAAAUUAAAAAAAGAGAGGCCUUAUCGAUAAUACUUCUCAUGGACCUGCCACCCGGUGGCAAAUGUGCGAGGCUAUCACUUCAGUUCAGUCCUCGGUUUUUGGUCACAACUUUGGCGCCGGCGCCGAGAGUCUCCUCCCUUCAUCUCCCCGAGUCCCCAAACCAUAUCGGCUCAUAGACCAUGGUGUCGCGUGUUUCGAUAUCGUGCUAGCUGAUGCUAGCUGGCGCAAACUUGGCGGCCGGCCUCCUCGUGCGUCGCGCGACGUACACGUGUCCGUUGGAUACGCGUCGGUCAGCGUCGGUAACCCCACGCGUUCCCACCUAAAUUCUCAUUCCGAAGGCAAGAGAAAGGUAGACGCGCGAGUCAAUCGAACGGACAUGCGGAGCGUGCAUAUCGUUGUGCCUAGUAUCGCGACGCCUUUUUGACGAAAGUUAUCGAUCGGCAGUGCUACGGGCGGGAGCGCGACCAUCCGGCGGCUGGCCGGCAUAGCGUGUGCUGUCACACCGGGUUCUACAUGCCGUACGGGAAGUUGGCGUUUGGCGAGCCGCUGAUAAAAUCACACCGUUUACAGAUUCAUCUGUGAUCGACUGUGGAAACGUGGAGCACGUCGAACGGGGUUAUCGCUGUUCUGCCGAGAAAUCAAUGUAUUUGGAAGCCCGAUAAGCGAUCGUCUCUGGACUGAAUGUUGAGAAUGAGAAGUCAACAUUCUUUGAAAAGCGUAUACGAGUGCCCUCGUGAAUUGUGCAUAUUUUUCCAAGAAUGAAUUUCCGGAUAUUACGAUGAAAAAAUCUCUGUAAGAGAUAAUUUUGUCAAUAUCAACAGAAUAUCGUUAGAAUGAAUUAUUGUGUUCGCUGUCUUGAGGGAAGCUAUUAAUCCGCACAUCGAUUAAAAUCCAAAUAGAGGGAUAUAUCUUUGCUUACAAAGGUGCUAAUAAAAGCUUUUGCAAGAUUGAGAGAUAAUCAAAUAAAUAACGGAAACGUACUUUGGAAAAAAAUGGCAUACGACGACGUUAUCCUUCAUAUGGGCGAAUUUGGUCGUUAUCAACGCCGAGUCUAUCUUUUGCUUUGUCUUCCGGCGAUAUCGUGUGCCUUUCACAAAUUAGCCGGUGUUUUCCUCGGAGCUAAAGUAAAUUCCAGAUGUUUACUUCCGCACGAGUACGCGGAGAACGCUACGUUCCAUUUGAGUCAGGACAUAUUGAACGCGAGUUAUCCUUGGGACAACGAAUUUGGAGAUUGGUCCCAGUGUCUGAGCCGUAACGUGAUCGGCGCCGUGAACGGUACGAUCGUUGAAAAAGCAAUUAGCGACGAGGCUAGAGGAGGAGGGAUCAGUCGUUGCAAGCAGUAUGUGUACGAUACAAGCGUAUACAAAAGUACAACCACUUCCGAGUGGGAUUUGGUCUGCGACAAGGCGUGGCUGAGGGCAACGGGGGACUCGCUGUUUAUGGUAGGAGUCAUGCUUGGCUCGAUGAUAUUCGGCGGUUUGUCCGAUAAAUAUGGACGUAGACCAAUUUUCUUCCUGUCUUUAGUCAUACAGCUGGUCGGCGGUAUAUUAGUCGCUGUAGCGCCAGAGUUUAUUUCCUACGUAAUCUUCAGACUAAUUGUCGGCUCAACCACUAGUGGGGUGUUCUUAGUAGCUUAUGUCAUAGCUUUAGAAAUGGUUGGUCCGAAAAAGCGGUUAGUAGCUGGAGUCGGCGUGCAAUUGUUUUUCACUACCGGGUACAUACUCACUGCCGGUUUUGCAUAUUUUAUUACCAAUUGGCGAAUGCUGCAGAUAGCCCUUACGGUACCGAGCAUCGCGUUUCUACUUUAUUGGUGGUUUAUUCCCGAAUCCGCACGAUGGCUCUUGACGAAAGGUCGCCUCCAAGAAGCGAAGGAUUUGCUGCAACGCGCUUCCUUGGAAAAUGGCGUAGAGAUGCCGACUGAAGCUUUGGAUACGCUUCUUAAUAAUAAUAGCGAGGAUAGUAUGCCCGAUAAGAAAAAACCUUCACUCUUCGAUCUGUUCCGUUAUCCGAACAUGAGACGAAAAAGCAUCGUUUUGUUUUUCAACUGGCUAGUCAACAGCGGAACGUAUUAUGGAUUGUCCUGGCACGCGUCCAAUCUCGGCGGUAAUGAUUACGUUAAUUUUGUAAUAUCCGGGAUAGUGGAAGUACCGGCGUACACAUUUCUCAUAUUCACCCUGAAUCGAUGGGGUAGGAAAAUCAUCCUUUGUGGAUGUAUGAUGUUGUCCGGAUUAGCAUUACUUGCUACGUUAUUUGUCCCUCCCGAUAUGCCAUGGCUAAUUGUUUGCUUGGCAAUGAUAGGAAAACUUGCAAUUACAUCUUCCUAUGGUGCAAUUUAUGUGUUCACUGCAGAACAAUUUCCGACUGUUAUCCGAAACGUCGGAUUGGGUGCGAGCUCUACUUUUGCUCGAAUUGGCGGAGUUAUUGCGCCAUAUGUUAAUCACCUAUCGGAAAUAUGGAUACCAUUGCCGCUCGUUAUUUUCGGAUCAUGCGCCUUUUUUGGCGGCUUGAUGUCUCUUCUUCUUCCAGAGACAUUGAACAAGAAACUUCCUGAAUCGAUUCAGGAUGGAGAGUUAUUUGGAAAGAAAUCAUCAAAAAAAAAGAAAAAGAAACAACAAUUGGAUCUUGAUCAAUUGAACGAGAUAGAAAUAAUAAAACCAUUAAAACCACAGGAGAAACAGAACGGAGUACACGAGAAACAGAACGGAUGACAUUAAAUUACGAAAAUCAAAUCGGCAUUACAUUCAAAAAUAUCGUACUCGAUUUCCGUCUAUCAUAUUUUAGACGUCUACUACAGUACACACACUUACAGAAAACUUGAGAAAUGCAAUGAUUCUCAGAUUUCGGUUUAAUAUCUAUAGUUGUCUAACAUUUGUUCGUACUUGUAUUUCAAUUGAGUCGAAUUGGAUCGCAAAAUCAUACAGAAAUUUAAUAAACUGUCAAUAUAUAUAUAUAUAUAUAUAUAUAUAUAUAUAUAUAUAUAUAUAUAUAUAUAUAUAUUGUGUUUUAAGCCACAAAAAUAGAUGAUGCAUUUUUAUCUACGCGUAACAUGACGUAACAUGUCGCGAUAAUGUAUAAAACAUAAUUCUAAUUCUCUCUGCCGAUAUAAACAUAUCAUUAUUCAAACAUCUGAAUGUCCUUUAUAAGGAAUGACUAUGAAUUAUGUACGAAAUAUUACAACUUAUCAAUAAAAUUUUUUGCUACGA